AUGUCAAGAGUGAACUAUGCCAAACUAGAACGUGGUAAUUACUCAGACGACUCAUAUGAAUCAGACGAGCAGCCUGUCAAUCUGAAAAGCAAGGAUGACGACUACACUUAUGGAGCACAAAAGCCCAGGAAAAAGAGACAAGCUCCUAAGCAAAGAGGAAGGACGCCUAACCAAGAUGGAGACGUUCAAGACGCUGCCGCCAAAAAAAGAAGAGCAGACAUUGCGGUGGACAAGAUUGCCCGUAGUUUGAGUGACGAAGAGGUUGAUGAUGAUCAGCUUUUGGAGGUCACUCCUGACCUACCGAACGGAUAUGUUCCGGAUGCGGUCUCACGAGUCUUUGGACGGAUGGACUUUCUGUAUUUGAAAUUGAAACCUGACCAUUUUUCUCGUCCCAUUUGGAUAUCUCCUCUGGACGGUCGAAUCAUAUUGGAGUCGUUCUCGCCACUUGCAGAGCAGGCCCAAGACUUCUUAAUCACAGUAGCAGAACCCCGUUCUCGCCCAUCUCAUAUUCACGAGUACGCAAUUACGCUAUAUUCAUUAUAUGCUGCAGUUUCCGUUGGUUUGGAAACGGAUGAUAUCAUCUCUGUGCUUAAUCGACUCUCUAAAACUCCGGUGCCGGAUAGUUUCCUUAAAUUCAUUCGAGACGCCACAGUUAAGUUUGGUAAGGUGAAGUUGGUCUUGAAAAACAAUAAGUAUUUUGUUGAGAGUGCCCAUGCAGACAUUUUACAGAUGCUUCUAAAAGACCCAGUCAUCGGUCCCUUGCGUGUCAAUUCCGCUGCUUCAGAUGCUAGCAAGAGUAAUAAUCUCCUUUCAGAACAAGCACCAACGCAGGGUGACUUGGCAAUUCCGGGAACGAAAAAGAAACCCGAGGAUGGCAAUAAGAAUGUUGAGGAUAUAUUUGCGUCAGUUGUAGGCAAAUCUGCAGCUGACGAUGAAGACGAUGACCUAGACAAGGUGCACUCUUUCGAAAUUGCGAGUGAUACAGUGGAGGUGGUCAAAAGACGUUGUCACGAAAUUGAAUAUCCCGUUCUAGAGGAAUACGAUUUCAGAAAUGAUAAUCUUAAUGCGAACUUGGACAUAGACUUGAAACCUUCCACUCAAAUUCGUCCCUACCAAGAGAAGUCGUUGUCGAAGAUGUUUGGAAAUGGAAGAGCUAGAUCAGGAGUUAUUGUCUUGCCAUGUGGUGCAGGUAAAACAUUGGUGGGUAUCACCGCUGCUUGUACUAUCAAAAAGUCAGUUAUUGUUCUUUGCACAUCGUCAGUAUCAGUCAUGCAAUGGCGGCAGCAGUUUCUUCAAUGGUGUACUAUCCAACCCGAAAAUGUGGCAGUUUUUACAUCCGAGAACAAAGAGAUGUUUUCCAGUGAAGCUGGUUUAGUGGUUUCUACUUACUCAAUGGUGGCGAACACUAGAAAUAGAUCUCACGAUUCGCAAAAGGUGAUGGAUUUUCUCACAGGCAGAGAAUGGGGUUUCAUUAUUUUGGACGAAGUGCACGUUGUUCCCGCUGCAAUGUUCAGAAGAGUUGUGAGUACUAUAGCAGCUCAUGCUAAAUUAGGUUUGACAGCAACUUUGGUCCGUGAAGAUGAAAAGAUUUAUGAUUUGAACUUCUUGAUUGGACCUAAGCUUUACGAAGCUAACUGGAUGGAAUUGGCACAAAAGGGACAUAUUGCUAAUGUUCAAUGUGCAGAGGUUUGGUGCCCUAUGACUGCAGAGUUUUACCAAGAGUAUCUCCGAGAGACAGCACGUAAGCGGAUGUUGUUGUACAUCAUGAACCCUACAAAGUUCCAGGCUUGUCAGUUCCUCAUUCAUUAUCACGAGAAGAGAGGCGACAAAAUCAUUGUUUUCAGUGACAAUGUCUACGCAUUACAAGAGUAUGCAUUGAAGCUCGGAAAGCCAUUCAUUUAUGGUUCAACCCCACAACAAGAAAGAAUGACUAUCUUGCAAAAUUUCCAGCACAAUGAUCAGGUCAACACAAUUUUCUUGUCGAAGGUUGGUGAUACCUCUAUUGAUUUGCCUGAGGCAACUUGCUUAAUUCAAAUUUCUUCUCACUAUGGUUCAAGAAGACAAGAAGCCCAGAGAUUGGGACGUAUUUUGAGAGCUAAAAGACGUAAUGACGAGGGUUUCAAUGCCUUUUUCUACUCUUUGGUUUCUAAGGACACUCAAGAGAUGUAUUAUUCAACCAAGAGACAAGCUUUCUUGGUCGAUCAGGGUUACGCAUUCAAAGUCAUCACACACCUCAGUGGAAUGGAACAACUACCUGAUUUAGCGUAUGCGAAUUCCAGAGAGAGAAGGGAGUUGUUGCAACAAGUGUUGUUGAAGAACGAGGACGCUGCCGGCGUGGAGAUUGGAGACGAUGAGGGCACCAAUUUCAUGCCGAAGGACAGACAAGAGUACCAGGGUAGUAGCGCAUCCAGAAGUGCCGGUUCGCUCGCGGGAUUGGCAGGAGGUGAGGACAUGGCGUACAUUGAGUACAGCAAGAAUAAGAACAAGGAGUUGAAGGAACAUCAUCCAUUGAUCCAAAAGAUGUAUUACAAAAAGAAGAAAUAG